GCCGCCCCGCAGCGAUGGCGGCCAUGGCGGCGCGGGGCGCGGAGGCCGAGGCUCUCUUCGAGACUCACACAGCGGCGGAGCUGCGCGAGGCGGAGCGGCGGCUGCGGGCCGGCAUCGAGCAGAAGCGGGAGGAGCUGCGGCAGAUGGUGGGCGAGCGCUACCGCGACCUGAUCGAGGCGGCCGACACCAUCGCCGAGAUGCGGCUGAGCGCCGAGCGGCUGCUGGGCUCCGUGCGGGGCCUGCAGCGCGGCGGGGUGACGCGGCCCGGCCCCGCUCCGCCGGCUCCGCCGCGGGUGCAGGAGAAGCUGUACCGGGCGGCGGCACAGCUGAAGCUGCUGCUGGACAUCCCCGAGCGGGCGUGGAGCGCCAUGGAGGCCGGGCGAUACCUGCCCGCCGCCCGCCUCUACCUGCUGUGCCGCCACCUGCACGGCCUGCUGCAGCUCGACGCGCCCCGCGCCCGCUACAGCCCCGUCCUCGCCCGCUUCCCCAUCCUGCUGCGCCAGGUGGCCGCCGCCAGCCACUUCAGGUCCACCAUCUUGCAGGAGAGCAAGUCUCUGCUGAAGUCCCAGACAGUGUCAGACCAGGCGGUAGCAGAAGCCUUGUGUGCCAUCAUGCUUCUGGAGGAUAGCUCCCCACGCCAGGCCCUCGCAGACUUCCUUCUGGCCAGGAAACUGGCAAUCCAACAGCUUCUCAACCAGCCACACCACGGUGCAGGUAUAAAAGCUCAGGUGUGUUCACUGAUGGAGCUGCUAACCACUACCCUGUACCAGGCUCAUGCACUCUUCUACAUGAUGCCUGAAGGGGUGCCACCAGAUCCAGCCCUACCCUGUGGCUUACUCUUCUCCACCCUGGAGAGCACUACAGGCCAGCAGCCAGCAGGGAAAGGUGGGGUUCUGGAGGAUGAGGUGAAGCUGAGCAGCUGGUUCAGGUACCUCCCAGAGUCUGUAGUGGAGUUCCAGCCAACUCUGCGGACCCUGGCACACCCCAUCAGCCAGGACUAUCUCAGAGACACACUGCAGAAAUGGAUUGCCAUGUGCAGUGAGGAUAUCAGGGCUGGUGUCAGCAACCUGCUGGUCUAUGUGAAGAGCCUGAAAGGCCUCGCAGGGAUUCGUGAUGCAGUGUGGGAGCUGCUCACAAGUGAGUCCAUAAGCCAGAACUGGGAUGUGUUGUGCCGUCGCCUUUUGGACAAGCCUGCUUCCUUCUGGGAGGACCUGCUGCGGCAGCUCUUCCUGGACAGGCUGGAGAUACUGACUAAAGAAGGAUUUGAAUCCAUCUCAAGCAGCUCCAAACAGCUUCUCAUCUUAGCCCUGCAGGAACUUGAAGCCAAAUCCAACACCUCUGCCUUUAGCAAGCACAUCCAGUUUGAACACAACAUGGCCCAGUUCCUGUGGUCAGAGAGCUCCAGCGAUCUGCCUUCAGAUGCUGCUUGGGUCAACGUGGCAAACCGCAGCCAGUUUGCCAAGAGCGGCCUGUCCAUGAAGGCCCAGGCACUCACACCAUGCAUACAGAGCUUCUGCUCAGCUCUGGACUCAAAGCUGAAAGCCAGGUUGGAUGACCUCCUGUCCUACCUUCCUGCAGAGUCUUCACCCACCAAGGAGCUCACUCCCCCCGUGCAGCCUCGCUCAUCCUUCGACCGCUAUGCUGACACCAGCAUGGUGGAAGGGCUGCUCCGUGAUCACUGCAUUGCCUGCAUCCACCACGUGCUGAGCUGUGUGCGUGAAGAGCUCCAGGGUGCUCAGGCGGACGCUCCCAGUGAUACCAGGCUCCAUGCUGUCCUCUUUAUGGCCAGGCUCUGCCAAUCCCUGAGCGAGCUUUGUCCUCACCUCAAGCAGUGCAUCCUGGGCCGGUCAGGCAGUGUGGAGACGGCACUGAAGGAAACCCGCUCCACCAAGAAGCUGGGGAAGGGGAAAGUCCAAGAAGUGAAUCCUGUGCAAGCCAAGUGGCAGGAGGUGAAGGCAGAACUCCUGCAGCAGAGCCUGGCUGCUUACCAGAUCUGGAGCUCUGCUGUCACUAAAGCUCUGGUUCAGUGCUUUACUCAAACAUUGCUGCUAGACACAGCUGGUUCUGUCUUGGCUGCAGCCACCAACUGGGAUGAGAUUGAAAUUCAGGAGGAGGCUGAGUCUGGAAACAGUGUAACAUCAAAGAUCCGUCUGCCUAUGCAGCCAUCCUGGUACGUCCAGUGCCUCCUCUUCAACCUGUGCCAAGAGGUGAACCGAGUCGGCGGUCACACUCUGCCAAAGGUCACCUUGCAGGAGCUGCUGAAGGCCUGCAUGGCAGAAGUGCUUGCUGCCUAUGAAAAGCUCAUGGACGAGAAGCAGGACAAGAAAGCAGGCACCUUCCCCAUGACACAGAACAGAGCUCUGCAGCUACUCUACGAUCUGCGGUACCUGAAUAUCAUCUUGACAGCGAAGAGUGAGGAAGCAAAAACCAGCAGGAUCAAGCACGACUCCAGGAUUGAGAAGGUGACUGACUUCCUGGAGGGACACAUCGAUCCAUUUGACUUGGAUGUUUUUACACCACACCUAAACAGCAACCUUAAUCGCCUGGUUCAGCGAACCUCUGUUCUCUUUGGCUUGCUGACUGGGACAGAGAACCAGUACGCAAGCAGGAGUGGUGCUCUCGGCUCCCAGGAGCUCCAUAAUAUCUUGCCCUUAGCAUCCAGCCAGAUCAGAUUUGGACUUCUGCCGCUCAGUAUGUCAAGUUCACGAAAGACUAAAUCUGCUACCAGGAACACGGAAAGAGUUGAGUGCGAUGCUGACCUUUAACUCCCGAUGAAGUUGGCCUGGGUAUUUCAGCCUGUGUGAACAGAGUGGCUUGCUUCUCUUGCAAAGGCUCUGCCUUGUCUUGUUGCUGUUUUACUAGCAGACAAACAUUACGCUGCUACAUUUCCUCCAGUUUAAAACAUUUGCUUAGGUGGAGCUCCCUGUGCUGAGGAUUGAAAGAGCCAAGGGCUACCUUACUGCUACAGGAAGCAGGAAUUAGUGAUUCAUUUUCUUUAGCCAUUAACAAUCUAAUAAUCAAAUCAAUGUUUCUUCAACUGGGAUGGAAGAAUAAAGAGCUGGCUUUAUCAAAGCAGAGUGUUACUUGAGAUGCUGGCAUUUAUUCUGCAAUUCUUGUUCUCUAUUAUUUAGAAGUAGUAAAAAACAGACACAGUAUCAGGGUUAUUUAAAAAGCCCAAAGCUUAACAGUAAAGGUAUUCUUUACCUCUUUCACCUCAGCUGUAGUAGCGUGUAGAAGUGUGCAGUGAUGUUUGUCUUGCUUCCACCACUCCCCUGCUCUGGGGGCAGCAAUGGCUAUGGAGUACAUGGACAUUCUGCAUUCACUCCGCUCUGCAGAAUCACUUGUUCCUUUUGACACAGAACAGUUCUAGAGAGGUUAAAGUCCACAAUUACUCAAGAGCAGCUCUCUACAAAAGCAACAGCUGUACUUUUACUGUUGUUGCUCAGAGCAAUGGAGCAACAACAGCCCUUCCCUUACUGCAGAACUACUAUGUUUGAGCACUGAAUGACUUCCGUAUAGUUGCUAACAAGAAGAAGCUGUGCAUCCUCCUCUCAGAACAACCUUUUGCUGUUUGUCACUGCAAAGCCGGUUAGGUUGUCUGGGAACAGCUCUUCUGCUGUAGUCUGUGCCCCCUUGCAGCUACUAUAGAUGAGGGUUUGGUCAAAGGUAUGCUGUAAUCAUUCCUGACUCUCUUGUAUUUAAAAACAGGUUCCACCUCCUGCACUCACAAGAGCAGAAGACGAGGCCUUGCGCCCUGGCUCCUUGUUCAGGCAGCUUGUAACUGAGGAGGAAGACACAUCCGCACCUUCUCUCUUCAAGCUGGGAUGGCUUUCUGGCAUGACCAAGUGAUUAAUAAAAGAGUUUGUCUCCGCA